AUGGCGACUUUUAUGAAGAAGUUCAAAAGGAAGCGCAGAGUGUCCACAGAACUCCACUCUCGCUGGGGUGAUGUUUCUAUCACCUAUCCCACACAAGGGUCCUGGAAUCAGUGGGAUCAAACUUCUGGUUUUGUUACGAAUGCACCGGCGAGGGCAGACAUACACUCUGAAGAAAAUCAACAAUAUCUCUCAGGCGGCCCAUUACGCCAGCCGAGUUCUAGCGCCUCGAGCAGACGAUCGCGAAGCACAGCCACACGAGAACACCAAGUGGGAGACACUCCAUCCUUCCCUACUGGGUAUUUCGACCAAAGCAUACGGCGUCGUGUGGGAGAUAGAGAUCCACACACACUGCCAUCCCAUACACCAUCAGGGCAAGGACUCGGCCUCGGUGAUCUCAGGCAUGGACCAAAUCGCCGACCCUCGAGCUCUAUCAUCCACGACGAAUGCACUACCGAUGAGUCAUGCGAUGAAGAAGAAGAGGAAGAACGAGAUACUCUGGGCCCACGAAUUGAAUUAAGCCCCCGAGAAUACGGCAUGGGAGAGAUGUUGCACAGAACACGCGACGAUUCCGAAGAUUUCGAUAUCCCAGCCAAGUCUCCUCCGCUUGCUGUGACUUCACGCAUGCGCCGUUGCAGCCUCCAAAGCUGUGCAACAGAACCCACAGGAUCUAUAUCUGGUGGUACCAACUCGAGACGAACGAGUGUUACCGCUGCAUCCUCUAUCUCUGCCCCCUCUAUGCCACCCUCUACACCUCGCGUUGCAUACAAUACCCCAAAGCACCCUCCCUUCCCAGAGAAAAGAUACCCUCCCCGUACAAAACAGCGGGAACCCGAGCCUGCGCCUCGACAGGAAAUGGUGCCUUCCUAUGAUGAGCUCUAUGGUUGA